GUUCGGCGACAAGCCGGCAGUUGCAGCACUAUAAGCGCUGUUAUUCAGUUGUUUGCGAGCUGUUGCGAGUGCGUUUGAACGGUACGCUUGUGCAUGAAUGUAUGUGUGUGUGUUUUACUGAGAGAUUUAUUUUUGAGUGUUUUGAGUUAUUUUUCAAACUAUAGUGAAAGGAAAAGGAAUAAUAUUCAAUUUACAGUUUCGAUGAAGAAUGUACAAUCUUUUUCUUGACGUAUUGUGAGCGAGGUUAUUUACAAACAUGUAUGAAACUAAAGAAGAGUUGAAGGAUCGUGAGUGCAAGAUCCUCGGUCACUGGUAGUACGUAGCACGAGAGAAAAAAAAAGAAAUAUGAACCGCUAUAGCGACUACGCACGUGAUCUGCACAGGAUUUCGAACGUUGAUUGUUUUUCCUCGCGAGCCACAAUUCUUCCGUUACGCGAGUUUCCACGUGAAAAUGAUCCUCGUCGUUCGCGCAGUUAUAAAAAAUACGAAGAAAUCAAGUGCUCGCGCGAAGAUCAACCUUUGUUCACGAUGUCUAUCGAACCGUAUAGACUUCGUCGCGUUAUUGUGCCGCCCACAAGAUCACAAUACAUUAAGCCGUCUAGGAUUCCAAAUGCUCGCGAUCCAAGGGGUUUGGAAGCUUGUCGAAAGUUAAACUCGAGAUCAAAAAACUGGAAGUACGCGUUAAAUUGGGUUCCUACGCUAGUAGAAAACGAUAGAGUAUUACAAGAAGAAGAGACUUGUGCUAUUUUAGUGAUCGAUGUUAGCGAGUGGGAGAGCAGGGCGAUAAAACGCAGCUAUAUCGAGAUAAUUCCGCACGAGUGUAAUGUGCAACGUGCUGUCGUAGAGGUGAAGAAUCAGUUAGCUGAACUCCUAGACACUAACGAUGAUGAUUUGCUCAUGACUCCCGAAGAAGCUCACAUAGUUGAAACAAAUAUACAAGUGUCCGCGGGUGACGACCGAGCAAACGGCUACUGGAAACAAUGCGAAAGUAGCGAUUCGAUGUCACCAAAAGAAUUUUCUACGGUCUUUAACACAAUCGAAGAUAGACCGAUGCUUGAAAUCAACCAAGAGCAAGAGGUCGGGUAUGUCGAUAAAAAAGUUUCCAUGCUGCGUCUAACCGACGAGGACGAAAACGAAAAUAGGGUCGUUUACGAGAUGGACGAGGAAUUGGAGGUGCCGCCAAUCCCGACAUCCGAUGAAACCUAUAUAGAGUGCAUUGAUAUCGACACCGAGGAUUUCAUUAAGAAGGAGCCUAGGCUCUAUGAUGCUGAUGUUGACUGUAUAAUUGGUCUCAAUAAUGUUGUAAAAAAUUCAGUCGUUCCAAAUGAAUCAAGAGAACUAGUAUCGGGAUCCGAUGGUGCCGAUGUCGAGUGCAUCAUUCUUGAUAGCGACGAGGAAGAGCCUACAGUCCCGAAUAAGGAAUCAGCACAAAAAUCGCACAUUCCAUUCGAUAAGAAUUUAACGCAGCAGGUGCUGGACGAGGUAAUAAUCGAUGAUUCCGACGACGAGGAAUCGGAUAUCAUGUUCGUUGCCAUGCAACUGUCAAUGGGAGAUUCAUCAUCGGGUGCGCAAGUUACCGAUCUGAAACAAGCUGAGGAAAGUGUCGGGUUCGGCAAUACAGAGCCAACAAAUUUAUGUAUGGCUCAUAAGACUGAUCGGUCGAGUGUCAGCAGUAACAAAACACCAACGACAAUGCAACUCGAAACGCUAAUUGACGCGCAUGAAAUAUGGGUUUGCGACAAAGCCGACGACGUUGCACAUUGCGAAAUUAGCAAAGUGCAACCAGAGACCGAAGAGACGGCGCAUCGCGCAAAUAUUCCUGUGGCGAUAAAUACCACACAGAAGCGAAAGAGGGGGUACAACGAACGAUUUUAUAACUAUAUGAAUGAGCCUUAUACGUGCAAAGUGGAUAAGCGGCGGAAAGAAAAUAAUGAUGUUGUGAACGAUGAAAGCCAAAGUGACAAUUGCAAAGCGGUCGUUGAGCGAGUACCAUCACCGGUAUUCGAAACAUUUUCAAGGAACAGAAAAAAAAAAGUAAGGAAGAAAUCGAAACCUGACGGAAAAGUUCUCCAGCUGGCCCGUACAUCGUCGUGCGUCAUUACUAAGUCGAGCACGAGGAAUCAUCAUCAACCGAUCCUGUUUAGCAAUUUUUCUGCGCUUGUUUUUUUUUACAAUUAUCUCAAGAAUUACACUACCAUCCACAACUGCCUAAAUUUUUUCGUAACAAAUUUUCAAGAGCUCUCGAUUAUCGAAUUUCUUCGAAUCGAGUGCAUCCAAAAGAACAUCAACUUCUGGCGAAAUAGAUAUGAUCAUUGGCAUCACAAGGAAAAGAAUGUUCAUUUUAUAGAACCUGUACAUGAUAAACAAAAAUUUGUGGAAUCAUCAAAAAACAAAGUUUGUGAUUCUGGUAAUAAAGUUUUGCCUAAAAGGACUUAUAUCAAAAAACAAGUUCCAGAAUUAGAUCUAGAUGAUUUAGUUAAUAGGCCUCUACCUCAAAAAAUACAAUUUGAUGUGAGAAAGUUGAGUAUAAACUUACAAAAAAGAGUAAAGAAAAGAAAUAUAACUGUAGAUAGUACAAUUGUUUCAGAAUAUAAUGACUAUAUAAGCAACCUAAAUAAAAGAAGAAAGCUAACAAACUUUACCAUAGAAAAUGAACAAACUAUGGAUAAUAUAACCAAUUAUAAUGAUAGAUUAUUAUUCAAUGAUAAGAUUAAAGAAUCUUUAAAUGCAACAGAGCUACCAACAAAUAGUUGUACCGAAUUUUUAGGACCACAAAGUGAAAAUAUGUGUUAUUUGAACAAUAAUAACAAUGACAUUACUUGCAACAAAUCUGAAAAACAAAAUUCAUCUAUCUUGCAAAUUUUGCGUCAAGAUUGCCUUUUAAAUACAUACAAUUUAAAUGAAAAAUAUACAAAAUUGAAUGAAAAGUAUGUAUCACGCUUGGAAAAUGUUAAUAAAAAUUGGUCAAAUGAAAACUCAUCUGAAUGUUAUUCAGACUUUUGUUUAUUUAUGGUAGAUAAAGUGUCCAACCUAUUAAACACUUCACCAUCUCAAGAUUCAAACAUUGAAAUUGAUCACAAUUAUUGCAUUCUCCAAAAAGAUUCAAACAGUUCUGAUGAAACAUGCACUGAAAUUUGGAAUGAUCAAAUAAACUUGAAUGAAGAUUCAGAAAUGCAGGUAAAUUCUGAUUUGAACAAUCUUUACACAAAGAAAGUAGAUAGACUAAAUAAAAAACUGGAAAGUUUAUCCCAGAAAAACACUAGCAAUAAAGUAGAAAAAAUAACUGCCAUGAACUACGACUGCAAUAAAUAUCAAACGGAUGAAAUAAGACAUUUGCAACAAGAUGGUCAAAUAGAUAAUUUAGAAUUAACAACAUUGCAGUCAUUGGAAGAAGAGCAGUCAAGAAGUGUUGCUGUAAAUAAAAGCUGUAUCAAGAAUUUACAACUUUUACCACUAAAUUCAACCGAAUUGAGUAACAGUGAAGAUCAGCAACAGCAGCUGAUUUUUGAUGAAAGAGAUAUGCAAACCGAUGCUACUCAUAAAAAAAAUAAGAACAUUAAAAUUUCAUUGAAUAAGAAAAAAAAUUUGACACAGGAAAUAACUUCUUCAAAAAAUCAAGGUAAAAUAACUACUAGUAAAUCUUCAAAUAAAUUAGAUUUUCAAAGUAAUUCCUUAGAAAAUAUUAAACAUCAUCAACAUAAUGACUAUUCAGAUGUACAAAAUAGUCAAGCAUUAAUUAAUAAUGAAAAAUAUGUUGAGUCUAACAAUGUAUUAGAAUCUGAAUCUAAUUUGGUCAAAGAAAAUCAAUUUUCAGUAAUUUUUAAUGAUACAAGAGAUUCAUAUUGCUAUAUUGUUAACGAGAUUAUAUCAAAACCCACUUUUCAUGAUGAAAAAGAUGAAAAUUUUAUCAAUGUUUCAAUUAGUUUUGCAAAUUCAGAACAUUCUUCAUUAAAAGAGGACCAAAUAGUAGAUUACAUAAAACACAAAGAAAGUGGUUUAGAUUCUUUUAAAACUCAAAAAAUAAGCGACAUUAACACUUCAAGUUCAUUAUCUCUUCAAAAUAAAAGAGAUAUAGAUGUUAGAGACUUGCAAAAUGAAUUGGAAGAAGGAGAUCUUGAUUUUCAUACAUCAAUCCACGGAAUAAAUACUCAUUUAAAAUAUAACAACAAUGAGUAUAAUUCCAGUUUUGAUGAUGAAAAAUAUGAAAAUCAAGUUAUUGUGGACACUGUUGAUAGCAACUGUAUAUCAAGUUCAUUGGAAAAGGCUAACCAAUCUUUAAAAUUAGAUUCUGAAUGUAUAUUGAGUGUGUCUGAAAUAAAACAUUACCAAAAACCACAGAAGCCAUUUUCGAAAAUUAUAAAUGAUGAUGCUAUGCAAUCAAACUUGAAGAACUUUAUCGAUAUCGAUAAAGAGGGUGAUGAUAUUAUUGAUCGUGAGAAUAUCAGUAAUGAGUCCAAUUGUUUAAAAGAUGAUGAACUAAAUAUAUCAAAUAUUAAUAAUGAUUUCAAUGUGCAAGUCAGUGAAACAUCUAAUGUUCCCAACAUGGAUAUCACUUUAGAAAAUCAAUCAACAGUUUCAGAAGUUUCACCAGUUUCAUUGUCAAUGCCAAGUUCACAUGAAAAUGAUUCAAGUAAUGUAUCGGAACAUUUACAAACUGUACUAAGUGCUACAAUAAUGAAUUCUUUAGAUAAAUCAGACAAAGAAAUUCCUGUUAUAGAUAUAAAAUCGUUACUUUCAUCCACAUUAAACAAUUCUUCUACAACUCCUGCGAGGAAUAUUUUUGUAAGUAAUGAGCACAAUGACCAAGUUUUAAACAUAAAUAAACCAGUAAACUCUACAUUGAAUGUUAAAUCGACUAUUCCGUCUAGUACGAAUGUCGAUACCGAUUUUAAUAAUCCAGAAAUUUUGGAAAAGUUUAAUUUAACCAGAGAAAUUAUAGCUCCAGAAGAUAGAAAGGCAGAAAAUUCUAUAGCAUUUGAAAAUAAUGAUGAAGAGGAAACUUUAUGUUCUACUUUAGAAAACAUGUUGAAAGUCGAUUUCGGAAAAAAACGUGAUGAUUUAAAAGUUACAAAUGAACAAAAUUGUUUAAAUGUUGAAGUGCCAUCAGCGUCUUCAUUAGUUAAAGUUUCACUACUGACUGGACCAAAUUCUGAAAAUAAUUACGACUUGUUAAAAGCUUUGAAUAUUAAUUUUGAUGAUGAAGUGGACGUUAUAGCUGAUAAAACAUCGGACAAAAGUUCUCAUGGAGUCAUCAAAGUCAAGAACUUAAACGAAAUGUUGCAGAAAGAAUCAAAUCUAUGUCCAGAAAGAACGACUUUGAAUUCAAACGUUUUAUCUGAAAAUUCUCCAUCAAAAGUACCAGAAGACAUUCAGCAGAAUAAAGACUAUAGUGUAAAGACAUUCCAAGGACAAUCAAGUUUACUUGUAAAUGUGUCUCCUCCAAACAAUCUUUUAAAUGCAUGUAUUCCUCCACCAUCACUGUCAGUUAUGUGUAUGAAUCAAUCUAUGCCAGCCAAAUCACUUCAGGCGUCAGUAAAUAUGUGUUGUAUGGCUUCUACACUGGAGACUACAACAGAUAAACAAGUUGUAUUGGCAUCUUCUAUAUUCCCAGGAAUGUUUGAUGCACAUGCUACUCCUUCAUUUUGCAAUAAAACAGUUUUUAAUCUAAAACUGCCACCAAUAAUGAAUAUCGUUUUGCCACCUCCAUAUACAAUACUUUCUUCUGAUAAAAUACCAACUAUUAGUAAGAAAAUACAACUUUAUAAGUUGAAAUUACUGAAAAAAAUAAUAGAAACGUUAGCAAUACUGGAGAACAUAAAUAUCAAUAUAAUCCGGAAACACAUUGAAGUGCUAUGUUACAGGCAAACAUUAACUGAAGAAACAUGGAAUAUACAGGAAAAAAUACUGAUUUUAGCCCAAUGUAUUGAAUCGUUUAAGAAACUGACUAAGAAUAUAAAUUAUAGUAAUAUUAUAAAAGCAAUUAUGGGUUCAAUUUACACACAAGUUCAUGAUAGAAAUUUAUUAGAAAAAAUGUUCAGACUUUUCCAAAUCUUAAAAAUAAAUGGAAUAUUCAAAUCUCACUCUGAAAACCAGCAGCCUCUGACAUUGGAGCUAGGAGCACAGUUAAAACAGACUGACAUUGGAAUGAGUUGUUCACAGAAAGAUGUACUUGAAUAUCAAUUAAAAAUUUAUAAAGAAAUCUUAAAAAUAAAUCAGUAUUUUAUUGAAAACAAUAGAGUUGAACAAUCAAAUAUUCAAUCUAAGAAUCAAAAUCAUAUUCAAAGAAGUUCACCUACAAUUUUACAGCAAAAUGUUAUAACAGACAGCAUUCCUGUAAUUGACAUUGUUAAUAAUAGAAUUCAACCAAUAUUCAACAUGUUCAGUCUGUUCCAAACGAGAGUUUACCUGAAGCAGCAAGGAAAUGAAAAUCAAGAUCCAUCCAUACAAACGUUCAUCCAUAUCGAAACAUUUUCAAAAAAAUAUGAUAUUAACAAAAUAGUGAAUCUGAGAAAAAUGAACAAUUAUGUAAGAAAUGUUUAUUGCAACGUAUUAUUCAGAAAACUGUUAGGAUAUGCAGUAGAAGAAAGAAUAUAGUAAGAGUUGGUAAUCUGAGCAUAGCGUUUCUUAAUUUAUGUUUUACUUAAAUGUAAAUGUUAAACUAUUGUAUGAGUACUGUAACAGAGGGAUCUCGACAUGUUUUAUUUAUUUUUGAUACUCAUGUUACAGUAUUUGUUACCUUAUUUAAAUAAAAAUUAGUAUUUAAACCUUUUAUAUUUACUUAAAUAUUUAAAACAAAAAGAUUAUAAUAAAAAAUUAUGUUUUGAAUAUGCCUUUUAAAUUAAAAACUAGUCAUGAUAGAGAAAACU